CAGAUCAGUCCCGGCGGAUCUUCAUUUUUCUAUCAUUUGGGAGAAACCAACAAGCACUUCUUGAGACUCACUUUCAUUAACGAAGAUUUAAUUUUUUAUGUUAUUUAUUUAUUUAUUUAUUUAUUGGUAUUUUUAUUAGUCAGCCAUGGAUGUUUUUCAUAUAAACCUCUUCCUGCUGUUGUCACAAAGCAUGCUGAUCUCUUCUUCGCUUAUCCAUCUAGAUGGCAAUGGAUAUAAAGGAAUAGUUGUAGCGAUUCAUGGUAGUGUUCCGGAAAAUGGGAAAAUAGUGCAGAAUAUAAAGACAUUAUUUUCUAAGGCGUCAGAGUAUUUAUAUAAUUCUACAAGAAACGGCGUGUAUUUCAAAGAAGUUACAAUUGUUGUGCCAUCCACGUGGUCUAAACAGCCCGAAUAUGAAAUUCAGCAAGGGAACUUCUUCAGCACUGCUCACGUGAGAGUAGACAAUGAGAAUCCAGAGUAUAAAGAUACUCCCUACACACUACAGCCGGGAGGAUGCGGUGACCCUGGCCAUUAUAUACAUUUAACUCCUUGGUUUCUAGAAGAACUCGAAGGAAAAACUGUGGAAAUGUUUGGAGCACCUGAGAGACAGUUAGUGCACGAGUGGGCUCAUUUGAGGUAUGGCGUUUUUGACGAAUAUGGGAUUCCGGGUGAUAAACGUUAUCCUAUGUUUUAUCAUGAAAAUAAUAAAAUUCGCCCUACAAGUUGUGUUCGUGAUAUCAAGGGAUGGAUAGAGUCACGUGAUGGAGGACCCUGUUCGAUAACUACGAACGGCGAUGUUGAUACCGACUGCAUAUUUAUACCUAAUAUGCACAGCAAUGAAGCUAAAGCUUCCAUUAUGUACAUGCCUUUCAUACCUUCUAUGGAAGGUUUCUGCGAUGACGAUACUCACAAGCACAACAUGUUUGCACCUACAAAGCAUAAUGCAAUGUGUAACUACAGGAGCACUUGGGAUGUCAUUUCAAAUCAUCCUGACUUCCAGACACUUAGAGCAAAACGAGAUACGAGUUCGGAGUUUUCUGAUACAUUGUUCCGUAUACUUCAGUCACCAAAAAGUGCAAAUUCACGUUAUGUUCUUGUCCUAGAUAUUUCUGGAAGCAUGAAUGGACAACCUAUGAAACUUCUGCAUAGCGCGGCUACCAGACUAAUCGAAGAUCGUGUUCCUGAUGGUACACGCCUUGGCAUCGUAGAGUUCAGUUCAACAGCUCGGAUUUUAAAUAACCUCACUGAAGUGAAUAAUGUCACAAGAGAUCAGCUUAGCCGAAAUUUGCCGGCAAAGGAUGAUGGUGGACUAACAGCAAUUGGCAAAGCUUUAGAAAAAGCUAUACAAGUCCUAACGAAUGAUAAUGGUACCGCAGAAGGUGGAUUGAUUAUGCUAAUAACAGAUGGUGAAGAAAAUGUCGAACCAUUUAUACAAGAUAUUCUUCCAGGAAUUCUAAAGCACAAUGUUGUCAUAAAUGCUGUUGCAUUUGGCUCAAACGCUAGCGAAAAACUGGAAAAUAUGACAAUGGUUACUGGUGGUAGAGGUUAUUUUUUUGCCUAUGACGGUAAACGUUCAUCCUAUGCCUUAGACUCGGCAUUUUUGGAAUCCAUCACUUCCCAAGCCGAUGUUGAAUUGCAGCCUGUGCAGCUCAAAGAUGAAAUGUUCGAUCUUGACGAAGCUGUUAUUACUAAAUACGUGUACAUAGAUGAAGAGCUUGGUAAAGAUACUGUUUUCACUGUUAUGUCGUCUCACAUAGAAAGAGUAGGAGACUUAAUUUUGAGAAGUCCAAGUGGUACUUUAUAUGAUCAUACUUACCAACAGUAUGACCGGGAUGAUCGUUCUCGGCAACGGAUAAGAAUAUCUGUACCAGAAUCUGAGGCAGGUAAAUGGGAAGCAAUAAUUCGCAGAAGAGGAGAUUCCUCGAUACAGGUGAAUUUUGCAGUCACAUCUGAACCGAAGGAUGUACGAGAUCAGCCUAUUCGAGUUCGCUCCUGGAUGAAUGAAAUUCAGUUGCAAUUCCCAGCUUAUGCCAAAGUUUACGCCGAAGUGAAGAAAGGCUAUAUGGCUGUUAUCGGGGCCACAGUUCUAGCUACUAUUGAAAGACCGAUGGGAUCCCCAGUCGAUAUUGAAUUACAUGACAAUGGAGUAGGAGCGGAUGCAACGGAGGAUGAUGGAAUCUACUCUGGUUAUUUCACUUAUUUCAACGGAAACGGCCGUUAUGCUGUAAUUGCAAGAGUUACAAAUGAUGGUCAAGCAAGGCUUAAAACUGGAAGCAAAGCAUCUGCUGCUCCAGCAAUGCCAAUCCGAAAAGGAAGAUCUAAGGACACACCAGUAGGAGAAUUCCUUCCUGAGGAUUUUGAAAUAACUGAAAAAAAUGAGACUGCAAAUGAGACAGGAGAAAAUUAUGAGGCUGCAAAAAAAUUUGAUCGUGUCUCCAAUGCUGGAGCUUUUCGAGUGCAGGCAUGGAAAGAAGAUGCUGGAGAUGUUAUACCCCCCGGUGAUAUUACGGAUUUGACUGUCAUAUCUAUUUUCAAAUUUUCAAAGAAUGAAGAUAAAGUGACACUGCAGUUCACCGCUCCGGGGAACGAUAUGGACGCCGGUCAAGUUUCCUCUUUAGAGAUUCGAGCGAGCAAAAAUCAGGAAGAGCUCAUUGCAAACUUUGAAAAUGGAGAAAAUAUUAGUGACGUUUACUAUAACUCGCCAUACCCUCCUCCACCUGGUGAGAACACCCUUGUAACGAUUACAGUUCCUGAGGUAUUACGAGGAAAUGACUCAGAGGCCUGGACAAUUUAUUUUGCCAUGAAAGCAAGAGAUGAAGCCGGUGGGAUUUCCUCAGGUUUCAAUAUUGCUGCUGCAACUUUUGGAAUUAAUAAAAAAAAUCAUAGUCGCAGAACAGAAGAUAAACAUGGGGGUGAAGAAGAAAUGUUAGAAGAAAGUUUGAAUACAUCAGAGACAGAAAAGAACAGCGACAGCAGUUCUGAUUCUGGUCAAAAUGGGAACAUUUCUAGCAGUUCUUUUCAUUGGUGGCCUGUUGCUGUUACUACAGGAGUCGUAUUAAUUAUUGUAAUGAUUGCUGCUCUAAUUACUGUUGUGAUUUUAAAAAGAAAUAAGAUGAAAACUUAUUUUUCUGUUCAAAGUGCUCAGUGUUAAGACAUUCCUUCAAAAUCAGAUUACUCAACGCAAGCCCAAUUAUAUUUUGUAACUUUAUAUUAUGUAACAUUGUAUAGUUAUUGCAUUCCUUUCUAAUAUUAAUAAAUAUUUUAACUUAGA